AUGGCUACUGAUAUAGAACCAUCAUUGCGUGCUUCUCGAGGAUAUGUAAAGGCAGCGAUUACGCGAGUACACAACUUUGUUCUCGAUAUUUCUGAAGUAGAAAAAAGUACCGUGGAAGCUCUUUCCACUCGUAGAGAGAGACUCCUCGCUGCAUUCAGCGAGUAUGAAGCGUUUAAUAUGCGAAUUCUCUCAAUACAACCAGAGGAUGACGAGGAUGUCGCGGCUGUGGAGGACAAAUAUUUAUAUUCUGUUGCUAUUCUCAGCGAAGCAAUUAAUCGCAAGACAACUUGUAAUGACAUUAAAGGACAUUUUAGUAACAUUACACGAUCGAAGACAAAAUUACCUGCUAUUGAAAUGCCUAUAUUUACAGGUAAUUAUAUAGAAUAUAUAGCCUUUCAAGCUCUUUUUACGUCAUUAAUACAUAAUGAUUCUACUUUAGACAAUAUUCAAAAGCUGUAUUAUCUUAGGUCUUAUUUAAAAAAUGAACCUUACGAUUUAAUUAAGAACUUGCCAUUGACAGCCAAUAGCUAUGAUAAGGCUAGACAGUUGCUAGAGGAUAGAUAUAAUAAUAGGUAUCGUAUUAUUAAUGAACACAUUAGCCAAUUGUUAGAUUUACCUGCCCUUGUUAAGUCGACUUCCGACAACAUCCGAAACUUUGUAGCUAGUCUUAAGCAAAGUAUAGUAGCUCUACAAAAUUUCGAUGUGAAGAUUGAAACUUGGGAUCCAAUAGUAAUUUGUAUUCUUAAUCGUAAGUUAGAUUCUUACACGGCUCAGUCGUACCAGCUUGAACGGGAUGCUGCUGAAGAGCACAGCGUCAAUAACUUCAUUGAGUACCUUGAAAAGAGGGCACUCGCGUUGGAGAACGCUGCGCCGUCCACAACAGCGCAAUACACGAAGGCAAAAAGCUGUUUAUCUGUUAAUGUAAUAGCUGCUGGUACCAAGACGAUGUCAUGUCGUUAUUGUAAGUGUAAUAGCCACAAAUUGUUUUCAUGUAAUUUUUAUGUGGUUGACAAAAUUACAUGUAAGCAGCCACAAGCGAAACCUGAAAUUAGCCAAUUAAAAUUACCCCCAAAUAUUAUAUUAGCUGAUAAUCAGUUUAACAUUCCAUCUGAAAUAGAUCUGCUAAUGGGUGCCGACAUAUUCUUCAAUGUGGUAAUACCCAACGAGUAUGAACCAUCUCAGACUCGACAUCUGCACCGGCCACUGUCUAAUUCUGAUGAACUAACAUCCCGUAUCAUCAAUACACGUUUUGGAUAUAUUAUUGGUGGUUCAGUAUUAGAUCAUCAACGAACUCCAAAACAGAUCACAGUACAAAGUUGCUGA